AUGGGUCUUAACUACUACGCCUCGUCGCCAACUGUGGUCCUGCCGCCCCAGCAACCGCAGGACUACUUUCCGCAUCACCAGAGCGCCGCUGCACCAAUGGGUAAUUUCCGCCCCAAAUACCCUACUCCGCCUUCGCUCAACUAUCUAGCCGCCGUUUCCAAUGCCACCGCUGGGCGCAAACGAUCCAUCGCCGACGUCGACGACCCGGAGGAGAACCUACCCGUCGGAUCAAUUGUCACUCAAUCGCCUUCAAAGCCGAAGCCCGAGCCUGUGUACGGUCCAGGGAUGACGCUCAUCUACCCUGGAGAGCCUGGCUACACCAUGGCAGCCGAGUCGCAAUCGGGCACCUGGUACGAAGAGAAGGUCGAGAAAGAAGAGAAGGCUGAAGCUGAAGCUCGCCCUAUCGCCGUAUCGCGCAAGUCAGUCCGCAUGAGCCCAACUGCCAAUGUCGAAAUCACUCCCCUCAACGAGAUGGAUGCUCAGAAGACCGAAGAGCUCAUCGACGACAAAGGCAACACCGUCAACACGCUCAUCGCAUCUCUCGGAGUAGGCUGGAAGAACGUCAUGACCAACCCCAACCUACGCGACGCGGCACGCGCAUACUCCCGCGUGAUUGAGCGUCAUUUCGACUUCACCGACGUCCUGGUGAUGCUGGAGAAGGAAUCACUCAACGCGUAUCUCGUACGCGCUAAGCAACACGGUGUCCAGGGCUACUGGUUAUUCUCGGACAACCUUCAGUGGUGCCAGCUCGUUGGCUGGUCACUAGAGCGAACUGUCAGCAACCUCAUGUUCGGCUCAACUCCUCGUGUUGAGGGUGAGCGCAUCAAUGCUCGCCAGUUGACGCCGUCGCCUGCCUCUACACCCAUUUCCCAGCCAGUCGCCGACGCCCCUAUGGCGACUGCAGACACCGACGCGAUGGAGAUGUGA